UCAAAACUUCCGGUGAUUGAUGCAUGCAGAAACCCAAGUUAAAAUAGUUUUAGAUGCUUUUUCUUGUGUGAUUUAUAUUUUUUCGCGAGAACUGAAGGAUCAUAGAGAAGUGAUAAACAUUCCAAUGGGGAAACACCGGUCAGGACAUAUUUGGUUUUAGGAAAGAAAAAGGAAUAACAAUGAAUGCGUCAGUUCUAAAUGAUGAAAUCAGCAGACUGCAGUCAGAAAACCGAAUUCUACAGGAAGACCUUCGUCAGUGCCAGAAUGACAAAGACUUUGUUUGGUCUCUAUGGAAAAAGUUGCAAGUUGCUAACCCAGAUGUUACCCAGGCAAUCAGCCUUGUUGUUCAGAGGGAAAAAGAGAAGGCUGAAGUCAAAGACAGGAAAGUGCUUGAGGUCUUACAGAUGAAAGAUGACAAAAUAGAAGAGUUACAAACACUUUUGACACACAGAUCCAGAGAACUAGGAGAGAUAGCUUCAUUAAAGUUGGACCACCAAGAGGAAUUUCGAAGGUUUCAGAAAGAAAUUGACCAGUUACGAGAUCAGAACGCAGCACUUGAGAUGCAGCUGCGAGCACGGGGUGUUGUUUUCACCCCUCCUCCACGAUUUUCGUGGAAGAUGAGAAGUGUUGAAGUACGAGAAAAAAGUUCAGGAGACUUGCAUCGAAAUACAGUGGAGAAUCUAUCUCAGGACAAAAGUGAUUUAGAACAAAAAUGUCGCAAGAUGUCGACAGAGAUAGAAGUAGUCAGGGCAGAGAAGGAGAGUAUAAUCGCCCAGAAGGUAUCACUGGAAAACAAGGUCAGACAACUGGAUCGCGACAUUGAGGAGAAAGUGGAGAAAUUUGAGGGCAUUAUCAGAGAGUUAGGAGAAGCCAAAAAAUUACUUCAACAGUAUGACAUAAAAACACAAAAAUUAACAAAGGAAAAUGAAUUCAAGAACAAGGAAUUGGAAACUGUCAGAAAAGAGUUGUCAGAAUUAUGGAACAGUCACAAUCAGCUAACAGAACACUCGAGUCAACAGGCAGACCUCAUCAGACAGCUACAGAGCCUACAACAGGACACACAAAAAAUGUUGAAGAAUCAAGAAGAUGCCUAUAGCAUGGAGACCAAUUCAUUACAAGAUAUGUACAAAGAUUUGACCAAUAGAUAUGAAGCAGCUAAAAAAGCUCAGUCUGAAAUGCGACAGGAAGUCCACAACCUCAGGAAGGAGUUAUUGGAGAAGGACUCUGUCAUUGCUUCCCUUCAGGGUAGAGUUGAUAGUUUCCAACGACGACAGCGGAGUCGAAGUCCAGGAACGUCAGGCAGCUUUAUUGAUGACAAGCCCUCGUCAGAUCUGGAGAUCAAGGUGCGGGGAAUGCAGAGGGAGAUAAAUCUACUGAAGGAUGAACUGGAAGACAAGGAUCGCUUGAUAGAGAGACUGGAACAGGAGAAUGACAAACUUAAUAUCGAGUUUGAUGUGUCUGACCUCAACAAACGAGAGAGAACUCACUCUACCCCAGCAAGGGAGGUCCGCAGCGUAGCCCUGAGUCCCAUCAAGUCCUCUACCAGGGGGGAGCACUCCAGGUCUCGAUCUCUAUCCCCCGUCAGGAAGGUUAAGGAGGGACCCCCUGUCAGGCAGGGUGACCUCAGACACAGACUGCUGCAGACAGAGAGAAAACUGGACGACACCAAGAACAUGCUCAGACUGAAGAACCGUGAAUUAGAGGAACUGAAGAAGGCUCACGCUAAACGUCUUGAAAGACUGAAAAGUGCCCAGAUAGAUUACAAGAUCCUGAAAGAUCAGCUGAAGUUGUAUGAGGAUGAAAAUAGCAAUAAAAUGGAGAGAGGAAGAAAGAAGAAACGGGCAGACCCACGGGAACUUCGCCAGGAGAACAGCGAUAAAGUCUGGAAUGAGCUGGCCGUGUACAAAAAUGAGAAUCGUAACCUGGUGGUAGAAAAGAUGUCAUUGGAGGAGGAGGUUGACAUGUUGAAGGUACAGGCCAGUCAGGACGCGGCUACUCUACAUGAACUCAAGGUGGCCCUGGAACAGGAGAGGGAAAGUAGAGAGUAUGACAAGAAGAAAGCUGGAUAUCAGACUCAGGAGAAAUCGGACUUACAGGCCGAACUCACACUGACCAGAUCAGAGGUUCAGUCUAAAUCUGUCAGACUUGAUAAACUAGAGAGAGAGCUCAGGGAAAGUCAAUCUGAAAAAGAGGCUCUGUUAGAAGAAAGGAGGAGUCUGAAAUCUGAAAUAUUAGAAAUGAAGCAAGCAAAUUCAAAAUAUCGCAUGGAGACAGCAAAUUUGAAGCGGGACAUCAAUAGACUGGAGAGAGAAUUGGAGGAAGAAAAGCUUGCCAAACAAUUCCAGGCUGUCAAAGAAAAGCUAGGCACGAAACAGAACAGGCCAAAGUCACGUCGAGCCGAACUCAGAAACAAAAGCCAGGCAUCUAAACGAGUUGAUAUUGCUGGGGAAGAGUACCAGAAAGCCCUCAACAGAAGCAUAGAGAAGAUGAGAUCUGUCUUCAGGGAUUUCGAAGAUGAAGGAUGGGAAGAGAUACCGGAGUCAGAAGAAAUUGAUGAAGAAACAGAGAGUGAUUCUUUGGGUCAGACCAUUGUGGAUAUUUCGCAAUCACAGACCACGCCUCCUAGUGAUGAGAGCAUGGACCACAGGCAAACAAUUAAAAGAAGCCUUAGACCUAUGAGUUUUAAGAUGUCCUCUUUAAGAAACAGACGAGGUGGAAUAAGAAACCUACAUCAUCGUAACCGCAGUAUUUCACGUCCAUAUACUGCCAGAGUAACUGACAAUAAAAGAGUAACACUCAAAGAAGUAGGUACAUCUCCACUAAAAGCACCGGCCCAGGAAUUCUCUCCAUCCCCAAGGAUCCAAGAGCAGCGAGCUUAUGAACAGAGGGUUCAAGCCAGCAACCAGCUGGCCCGACAAGCUAAACAGCUCAAACAGCGUGUAGGCUACCUCACACAGCAAAUCACUACUCUACGAGAAUCUCGCGGAGCUGCUGUGAAGGCUUUGGAGCAACAGAAGGAAGUGAAUCAACAGCAGCAGGCAGACUUAAAUCUGGCCAAUCAGAGACUGAGGAUGGCUAAACAGAACAUCCAGAAGCUGACAACAGACAUGGACAAGGUUUUACAAGAGAAGGCAGCCUUAGAAGCUCAGCUGGUGGAGGAGAAUCGCCACACUACAGCCACAGACAAACAUACAGAACAGGACUGGAAGAUCCUCGAGUCCAGACUCAAAGCCUCUUCCAAUGAGUUGUGUAGACAGUCUAAUCAGGCCAGACAGCUUAAACAAGAAAACGAACAACAACAGGAACAAAUCAGGACUCUGCAGGAAAAAAUAAGUCGAGUGGAGAGAGACAAUAAUCAGAAGAGGACACUCCUGGAGGACCAGAGAGUCAAGUUAAAGCUGGCCCAGACAAACGCCAAGUCCGAACAAAAUGCUAAUGAAGAAAUGGAGACAAGAAUUAAACUGAUUCAAGACACUAGUGAUCGACUCAAGAUACAAGUGGAGUCCUACAAGAAGAGGCUGUCAGCAGUCACCAGAGAAAAGAGGGAGUAUGAGGAAAGAUUCCUCAAAGUGAAUGCAGAACUGGAGAAAAAGAACAAGCAUUUUCUGGAGAGUCAGACGCGGAGAAUGGAGCUAGAGACUGCUGUGGGGGAUCUAGAGAACACAGCUCAACAACAACUCCGUGGGCUGGCAGCUCAAAGUGAGGCAGCCAUUGAGGCAGCUCAAAGGAAGCUCAGUGAGGCCUACUACACCAUACAGCAGUACCAACAGUUUGUCAAGAGUUUGGGACAUGAGUUGAUAAAGAGAUUAAAUCAGUCACGAUUCCACUUAAAAGAGACGUUAAGUCAUCGAGAGAAGGAGAGUCAACAAAGUCAAGUCAAUGCUUCACUACAGAGGGCUCAGGCAAUGGCUAAAGAUAUCCUGAAUUUAAGCCAAUCAGAUCUAGAGGAUAUCAUGAGUGCUGAUGGUGACAGAGAAAGCAUGGAGCAAGAUAUUGACACAGACAAAAAGCGGGACAAACGAUGGAGCAAGAAGUGUGAAAAGUUAAUGAACACAAAGGAAGACUUUGUGAAUCCAUUAGUUGACUUGUUUGUUCAGAAAAUGGAGGAAAUGUGUGAACUCUCAUCAAAGCUCCAGGCAGCCUGAUAACUCCUUUGAGCCUAUAGAGCCUUAGGCUUAUUGACUGAUCACUGUGAUAUUUCUACUUUAUAUGAUUGAAUCUUGGUCACUGUGAUAUUCUGAUGAACAUUGCAUUUAUGAAGGAUUAUGAGAUGGUUUAUGAGUUAGAAAAAACAUGUUCCAAAUAAUGUAGUGCUAUUAUUGCUAUCAAGGUGCAAAUUAGCAUAUACUGUAACAGUUUCAUUGUUAAUAAUGGGUCAAUAAUUGAUAAGAGUUCUGGUGUGUAUAUUGUUAGUUAUGUAAGUAUGUUGAUUGUCAGGGGAAAUGGGAGAGGUGCAGUGUCACAGUUAGUAGAAUGCUGUAGGAGUUGUUUUUAUCAGUCAUUCAUUGGCUCGUAGUGUCGUGUUAAGGCAUUAUUUCAUUGAGUAAAAACACCAAGGAAGGGCAUUUACAGAAUAACAUCAUUUGUUUAUUUACUAGAAUGUUGAAGUAGGAAAUUACUUUAAAGUCAUUAACUUUAAUUGAAGUGUUAAUGAGGAGAAUUACCAAAAUGUCAUUGACUUUGGGAUUUUUCUUUUUCAAAAUGUUGUAAAAAUGUUACAGAAUUUUUACUCCAUAGGUAAAAAUUCCAUAUUUCUCUGUUGUCAAAAAACUUGCAAGGGUAGUUUUUGGUAUUAGCAAACCAUAAGUUCAUUGACUGGAAGCUGAAAAAAAAAUCAAAUAUUGUAUUUACAUAUUCAUGGAUUUAUCAACCAAACUGGGUGAAUUUUUUAUUACCAAUUCAUUGGUUAGAUAUGUUGGAGGAUCAAAUGAUUUUUUUCCCCAUGUAUUGCAUGGUGAAUAGUUUUACAGAUAUAUUUAAAUGAUAUUCCGUCCAGAAAU